UUCUGUCAACUGUCAAAUUGAAAUUUAUUGUCAAUUUUGCCAUUUUCUAAUUUCUAACAAAAACUAGAAACCGAUAUGUCAAGUGAACUUGAUAAUUGGAUAGAAGUUACAAGGCAAUGCAAAUAUUUGCCAGAAACAGAUUUAAAGAAAUUAUGUGAUAUAGUAAGCACGAUUUUAAUAGAGGAAUCCAACGUUCAGCCAGUUUCCACUCCUGUAACGGUUUGUGGUGACAUCCAUGGACAGUUUUAUGAUCUCGAGGAAUUGUUCCGGAAAGGCGGGCAAGUUUCAGAUACGAAUUACGUAUUUCUAGGGGACUUCGUCGAUAGGGGUUACUACAGCUUGGAGACAUUCACAAGACUUCUCACACUGAAAGCCAAGUACCCUAACAAGAUAACGCUGUUAAGAGGAAACCACGAAAGCCGACAAAUCACUCAAGUUUACGGUUUUUACGACGAGUGCAUGACUAAAUACGGCAAUGUAAAUGCCUGGAAAUACUGUUGUGGUGUUUUCGAUUUACUUACUAUUGCUGCGAUUAUAGACGAGAAGAUACUGUGUGUACACGGAGGAUUGAGUCCCGACAUUAAAACCCUGGAUCAAAUAAGGAUACUCGAAAGAAACCAAGAGAUACCCCAUAAAGGCGCUUUCUGCGAUUUGGUGUGGUCUGAUCCCGAAGAAAUAGAAAACUGGGCAACCAGUCCGAGAGGAGCUGGAUAUUUAUUCGGAGUUAAAGUUACGCACGAUUUCAUGAGAAUAAACGCACUCACGUUGAUUUGCAGAGCACAUCAGCUCGUAAACGAAGGUUUCAAGUACAUGUUCGAUGAUAAGCUAGUGACGGUAUGGUCGGCCCCAAAUUAUUGUUAUAGAUGCGGCAACAUUGCCAGUAUUUUGGAGUUCAACACGGCCGAUAAGGGAGAACCGAAAUUGUUCCAGGCCGUGCCCGAUUCGGAAAGAGUCAUACCCAGUAGAAAUAUCACGCCGUACUUCUUAUAAUUUAAUCU